CUGCCUCCAGUUCCUUCCUUCUCGAGCUUCUCUUUAUCUCUCCCUCCUCUUCCUUCUACCAGCAAUGAGUUCCAGCUCCCGUCACCCAUUCCUGUUGCUUCAAGCACUCUUCCGACCAAGACAAGCACACGGGUCAAUAUCACGCCGCCUCCUCCUCCCGGCACCCUCCGGCCUCCCCCCGAUGUUGAAGUGUCCACCUCAUCCUCAUCAUCUGCAACUGCGGUCUAUGUCCCGCCUGGCGGUACCAUCACAGUUGAGCCACUGACGGCAACAACUUCUGAGCCGGAUGGAAGCUACAAGACCACGAGCGUUACUUGGCUUUCGAUCGAUGUCCCUUCGUUGACAACUGUUGGAGGUGAGGCGAAACCGACCAUCUUCCCAGCUUGGAGGUGUAUCUCACUCGAGGUCUGCAACAACCUUUGCUUGGUCCCCUUCGAGCGCUGUUUCCCCUCGUCGCCCAAUCCUCUCGGUUUCCCCUGGCCCGAAGCGCCUGCUUUUCCUCCUUCCGCCGAACAUGGCUCUCUUUUCAUCCCACCCGUUACUCCGACCGACAAACCCGUCUCCCUGCCUACUUAUCCUGUACCUACCUUCCGUACUACUACCAAUGGUGGUGGUGGGGGUGGCGGCGGCGGCGGCGGCGGAGGAGAUGACGACGAUGAUGAUGGAGGCGACGAUGAGGGAGGAGACGACAACGACGAUGAUGGAGGCGACGACGAUGGCGGCGACGACGAUGGAGGUGACGAUGAGGGAGGAGACGACAACGACGAUGAUGGUGGAGACGAUAAUGAUGAUGACGAUGGAAACGACGAUGAUAACAACGACGACCAAGACGAUGACAAUCAAGACGAUGACCAUCAUGAUGAUCACAACCGCGACGACGACACCGAGGAGGAGAAGAAAGCCAAGAAGGAGCUCAACAAGAUGCGGGUCGACAUUGAUCUCAACGAUGAUUGGAUGCUUUUCUUCUUUGGUCUUUUCAAAACCGGCAUUCGCUCCAGACUUCGGCUCAUCCUCAAUCUCAAAGUUCCGUGGAAAAUCGACGGUGGAUCUGGCGGCGGCGGCGGCGGUGGUGAAACUGACCCCGACGACCCCGAGCCUUCGCUCUCAACAUCGGCGAGAUCGACUUCCUCAUCUACUUCUUCCUGCGCAUUCACCUACACCCUCGCUCCUCACUGCACCCAGCCCUGUGUCGUCUCACACAUCUCGAACAUCGCGACCAACAGCCUCACCACCAGCUGCACAACUGUGCGCUGCGAGACAACAGAGCUCUGCACCAGCAUCCAGACAACUACUACUACGACUUACACUACCAAGAAGCCAGGACCCACCGCAGGUUGCGCGCCCAAGUCAUGCCCCGCGUGCAAGAACAGCAAGUCCAAGAACAUCGAAGGUGUUACGAAGCGCAACCGUCCCGAAGAUGUGAUUCUCCAGAAUAUCAUGACGGAUCCAGCCACGUGGCCUGAGGGCGAGGACGCUUGGUGGGAAAAGAUGCGCCUCGUUGCAAAGUCUUAUGGUCCUGGUUACCAUGAAACUAGCGCCGUUCACAUGGACUCUACCAGCGCGUACGAUCAAUGGAGAAACUUUCCUAUGGGCGGCGGCGCCGGGCCCGUCUGGGGAUGCGCGAUGGUCGUUGCAUUCUCAGACAAAGGCAUUUGGACGAGCCAUCUCUGGGAAGUUCCAAACUUCUCUAUCCCCGAGACAGAGAACUUCGAAUACUUCUACGAGAACGGCAAGGACAAGCGGCACUACUGGCAGCAGAACGUCGACUACUUCCUCCAACACGGCUCUUCUGCUCAACCUUGGCAAGAUGAGUACCCGGGUUUGGGCGAGUAUACUGGAGAUGGCCAGCCACUGAGCCCCAAGAAUGCCAAGUUCUACAAGGUCUUCGUCUUUGUGCCGACUUACGACGACGGUGACUUCAUGUACCCGUUGGCUAAUCAGGAAGUGGUCAACAUCUUGGUCGGCAAGCUGGGAAUCGACAAGAAACACAUCUCCUUGUACGGUUACAUCCGCCGAGUUGAACUCCAAGAGGACUACGCUUACGACGACGGCAACACGCCCCCGCCCGAACAUCGCCAAGCUCCUGCUUUCGCCGGGCUUCUCUCAUGGCUGUACACCCCCAAGGGCGCAAGCGGCAAGAAAGAGCUGGUUGUUCGCUAUGAACAGGACGUCAUCUGGCGCCUCGCCUGGUGUGAUGGGGACCCCCUCGCCGAGGACUUCGAAGGCCUGACCCUUGGACCGAUCAAGCGAGAGCAAGAGACCUGCCCGAAGACGACGUACUGCACCAACGUCUGCUCCGAUGACAGCUUCUGCAACUUCGGCGGCAGCGCCAAGUCGCUCCGCAAAGCACUCCCCGAUGCGAUCCCGACUUAUGACGAGAUCUACCUUACCAACAACUUCGUCGACCCCGAACCCUCACCAGAAGAAAAUAUCCACUACUGGAGAUCCGUGAGAAUGGUUAUCGAAGACUAUGGCGCCCAGUUGGGUACGCACGACCCGCCUGGCUUUCCAGGCUUCGCGGGGACUUGGCCAACCAGCGAGAUCACAGUCUUCGACAGGGAAAAGGGAACCGGCGCCCCGGUCGAUCGUCCACGAUUCGGCGGCUCAGGACCUGUCUGGGGUUGCACCAUGGUCGUUGUCGCCUCGCCUGCAGGUGUAUACACUUCCCACAUCUGGGAGGUCCCGUUUUUCACUCGAGCAGAAAGUGAUCCCGUCAGGAAUGAGAUCUACAAGAACAUCUACCCCGGUGAGUUUACAAAGGACUACACUCGCGAAGGCGUGUUCAAGUUUAUCGCGUACGGGAACGACUUGGGAGACCGUGACGACUAUGAGCGCAAAAGGCCGCCUUCGAAAAAUCCAGGCUUGGACGAGCACUUCAAACCGGGAGGCAUGUUCAAUGUCGCAGAGUCGGAAUGGGUCUGGGUUGGAAUCUUUACGCCUACGGAAAGUGGCAUGGCACGAGGCGGACCGGAAUAUCCCUACGCAAUUGCUGGCAUUAUUCAACUAUUCGCGAACAGAUGGGGGGUUUCAGUCAGUUCCAUGGACCUCAUUACGUACGUCAAACGAUCCGGGUACGAGAUUCACGACACCAUUGAGGCCAACCCUCACUGGGGUACUACGAGCUGGGCAUACCAUCCCAGAUUCAACAACGGCAACCGGGAAGUGAAGUUGUUGGUGAUCCGGCACGAAGAAAAGAUCAUUCAGAGAAGAGUGUGGUGUGGUUCUGGCCGCGUCGCUCCACUGGGCCCUCAGUCUCUUGAGGAUGGGCAUACCAGCUCUGACCUGAGAUCGGCUCCUGAGCACCAGCGCAGAGACGACGACGGCGCCGUCUGCACGUUGGCAGCGGACAAGUUUUCGGCCCCGACAAGCAGCUUCGCCCGCUCUUCUCCCCCGGUACCUCGCCCUACCCAGAUCUGUGCCUCUGAUCGGGAGUGUGCUUCUCUUGCGUGCCCUGGUAAACGGCUAGCCAAAUGUUAUCACGAGCGCUGCCGCUGCGUCUUCGAAGUUGACCACGACAACUCCACGACGAUUGCAGCCAUCUCGACAGUCACGUCCAGACCUUGGUCAACCAUGUCCGCCAACUCGAGCACUUCCAUCACGUCCCAGUCCUCAUCAACUAGCACGUCGAACUCAACUUCUUCGUCAUGGUCGUUCUCGACAUGGACCGGCUCGGAGCCCUUCACGACUAUCACCGUCACUCCCUUGCCCCCGAGACCCUCAGUCUGGCCGACCAAGACUAUCGCAACGUCUGUCCAGCCCACCGGAUUUGGAGCCGCCUGCGAGUGGAACUCAGACUGCGCCAACCUCCGGUGCCUGACAGGACAGUACCCCAAGUGCGUCAUCCCCAGCGGCCAGCAGAUCUCAGGCUGCUACUGCCUUAACCGACCCCACGAGGGAGACAUCUGCGCCAUGGCAAGCGACUGCAACGAGAUGCGCUGCGAGGAGAAUCACUACCCGCUCUGCGACGUCUCCAACAGCUCCUCGACCUGCAAGUGCCAGCCCAAGCCCGUCACCCCCGGCGCCGCUUGCGACUACGACACGCAGUGCGCCGGCCUCCAUUGCUUGCCCGCCUUCAUGCGCAGCGGCGUCUGCGACAACGGCUCCUGCGAGUGCGCCUUCAACCUCGCUCUCGGCAUCCCUUGCACGAGCCACGACGGCUGCAACCUCACGCGCAACAACGCGACGCACCCCUACAAGACGUGCAGCAAGGAGAACGUGUGCGAGCUCACGGCUCACAAGCCCGCCGCCCGGCCCGAGGAGCCCGGAGACUUCUGCAUGGCGGACAAGCAGUGCGUCGGCAUCCGCUGCCACCCCGGCGUCUUGUACGUCUCCUGCAAGAACAACAAGUGCCAGUGCGGCCCCAAGCCCGAGAAGCCCGGCGACGUCUGCGUGGCGGACGAAGGCUGCGAGGGCAUCAAGUGCGGCGAGGGUGCCAAGGGCGUCGUCUGCGUGGACAACAAGUGCGAGUGCGACGCUCGCAAGUCCGGCGACUGGUGCACGGAAAAGCCGCACUGCCAAGACGUCGUCUGCGACAAGGACGACGAGGCUCCCAUCUGCCGGAGGACGAGUUGCCGCUGUGUUUGCAAGGACGUCAUUUGCGUCGGGGGCGCUUGUUUAUGUCCCACCGGCGGGCCCAACGGGGAUGGGUAUUGGUUAAUUGGUUAA